AUGCUGCGGGUCCCCAGGGGAGUGUCCCCCUCCCCGGGGAGGGGGGGUACCGCCCUCCCGCCUCCCCACCGCCACCCGAAGAAGGUCAUGUCAGUGAUGGUCUCCUGUGAUCCGGGGGCUCCCAGCCUGGGCAGCCCCCCGUUAUCCGCAGGCUGUUUCACCCAGGUCUACACGCCAGCGGCUGUCAGCGCCCCCGCUUUGCGGGGCGGGUGCCUCUGUGACACCCCCCAAGGUCCCGAGCUCAGGACCCUCUGUUCGGCCUCGGCGGGACGGCUGCCGGCCAAGAGGAAGCUGGACCUGGAGGGCCCUGAAUUUCGGACGCCCAAGGGGAAGGGCUGGACACUGGCACAGGUCCCCAGCCCCAGGACCCCCAAGUCUCCUGGGGAGAAGACUCGCUACGACACCUCACUGGGGCUGCUCACCAAAAAAUUCAUCCAUUUGCUGAACGAAUCUCCCGACGGUGUUGUGGAUCUGAACCGAGCUGCCGAGGUGCUGGAGGUCCAGAAGCGUCGCAUCUACGACAUCACCAAUGUACUGGAGGGCAUCCAGCUCAUCCGCAAGAAAUCCAAGAACCACAUCCAGUGGAUGGGGACAGGGAUCUUUGAGGAUGCAGCAAUGGUGGCGAAGCAACAAGUGCUGCAUGAGGAACUGGCCGAACUGACUAGGACAGAGAGGAUGCUGGACCAGCUCGUGCAGGACUGUGCCCUGCAGAUCCAGCAGCUGGCUGACAAUGAGUCCAACCAGAGGCUGGCAUAUGUCACCUACCAGGAUCUCCGUGCCAUCAGCAGCUUCCAGGAGCAGACGGUGAUUGCCGUGAAGGCUCCCCCUGAGACGCAGCUGGAGGUGCCAGACUUCAGCCAGGAGAACUUUCAGCUCUACUUGAAGAGCACCAACGGCCCCAUCGAGGUGUACCUCUGCCCAGAGGAGAUCAUGGAGGAAAGCCCCAACAAGGACCACCCUGUACCCUCUGCUGUCACUUCCCCACAGGACCACUCUGUACCCCUUUGCCUGACAAACAGCUCCCCAUCAGCCACACAGCCACUCCACCCCAUCUCCCAGAGCUGGGGCAGCACAGGAACUCCUCUCUCACCCCCAUCUCUGCCUCUCCCAAUCCAGGGGGGACCCAGCUCACUGCUGGAGAUGGAGCCUGGGCUCCUGGGCUCCCCUGCCCACCUUCUGCAGCAGACAGAGGAUCAGCUGCUGUACACCCCCUCCCACCUGGAGCUGGGACCCUUCAUUGCUUUCUCGCCCCCCCUGGAAGAGGAUGACUAUCUCUGGGGGCUUGAGGGCGAGGGUGUAACAGACCUCUUUGAGACAUAUGACCUGGGAGACCUGCUGAAGCACUGA